AUGGUGAACUCAAAACAGAUUUUACAGUUGUAUAAGCAAUUAUUAGAAAAGGCAUACAAGUUUGAUAACUACAACUUUAGAGAAUAUUCCAAAAGAAAAAUCGUUGAAACUUUUAAGGCUAACAAAUCCCUAACGAACGAAAAUGAGAUAAAUCAGUUUUAUAAUGAAGGUAUAAAUCAAUUGGCUUUGUUGCAUAGACAAACAACCAUUUCCCAGUUGUACACUUUUGACAAAUUGGUGGUGGAACCAUUAAAGAGACAUCAAUAA